AUGAAUGCCUUUAACUUUUCUAAGCUUGCCUUCAUCUUUAUAAUUUUUGCUUUCUUUGGAAAUUUCGAAAACACUGGGAAUGAAAUUUCUAAAACUACAUUCGAGCAAUCAUUUGUUCGUCUUAAACUGAGAAAAAUGUCCAGUAGUGAAAAGAAAAGUUUACAGAAUCAAAUGAAGAUUUUAGAACAAAAAGUUAAAGAUGCAAAAUUAGCUGGCAAUGAAGAAAAAGCUAGUUACUUUCAAGGGAAGAUCGAUUCUGCAAAGAAAAAACUUGCAGAGUAA